AUGGGGGUUCAGAGGAACGCCAAUGUUGUUGUUCAUGAUGGGGACGAUGAUGAUGGUGACGAUGAUAGUUGUGGCGACGAUGAUGGUGGUAAAGAAGAUGGUGACGAUUGUGGUAGGAAUGAUGAUCAUGAACAUGAUGCCAAUGAUGAUGAUGAUAGUGACGGUGAUGAUGACGAUGAUGAUGCUGGAGACAGCAACCCAUCUGGGGAUACCAACCCAUCUGGAGACAGCAACCCAUCUGGGGAUACCAACCCAUCUGGGGAUACCAACCAAUCUGGGGAUACCAACCCAUCUGGAGAUACCAAACCAUCUGGAGAUACCAACACAUCUGGGGAUACCAACCCAUCUGGGGAUACCAACCCAUCUGGGGAUACCAACCCAUCUGGGGAUACCAACCCAUCUGGGGAUACCAACCCAUCUGGGGAUACCAACCCAUCUGGGGAUACCAACCCAUCUGGGGAUACCAACCCAUCUGGGGAUACCAACCCAUCUGGGGAUACCAACCCAUCUGAGGACAGCAACCCAUCUGAGGAUAACAACCCAUCUGGGGAUACCAACCCAUCUGGAGAUACCAACCCAUCUGGGGAUACCAACCCAUCUGGAGAUACCAACCCAUCUGGGGACAGUGUAGAUAGGCACACGUCACACCAUGGCCUCGAUGACCCCGGGUUCCACCCUCCUCUUAUCGGAUUAUCCUCCAAAGAUCAGCACACAAGAACCAUCAUCGUCUGCUAG